GCUGCUGCGCUAACGAAUCCGCAUUUUCCUGCGUGAUUACGAUCUGGACAACGAUAUGCUCGUGUCCUUUUGUAAAUUACUUGCUUCGAGGUCUCUCCCUCCCUCUCUCCGCGUUUUCCUUGACAGUCCCAUCCCUUUUCUCUGUCUCAUCUGCUCAAAAUGCGAGUUCAUGUGAGCGCCGAUAAUUACCCCCUUGUUCCUCGUCUCUUUCCUCUCUCCUGCUUCGUCGAUGGCGUCCUCUUCCCUCGGGGCUUCGACCCUCGUUUCUUACGGCUCUCCUUCUCAUGAAUUUCGCGAUUCCGGGUUCAGAUUGUUGUUGGGCUACAAGGGUUUUGUCCCCCGAGUUCGAAUUUCUCGCCGUCGGACGUUUCGGCUUCACUGCGAAUCCAAGAUUCAGGAAAAGGAGGUAAGGAGGUGUUCGCCGUUCCUCGAAAGGUCUGCUUUAUCGGGGGACGAUGCUUCGUCCUCAAGGGAAUGGAGGGCCAUUCCCGAUAUUUGGAGAUCGUCGGCGGAAAAGUACGGUGAUCGAGUUGCAGUGAUCGAUCCUUAUCAUGAUCCACCUACUAAACUGACUUACAAACAGUUGGAACAAGAAAUUUUGAGCUUUGCAGAGGGUUUACGAGUUGUCGGAGUGAAACCAGACGACAAGAUUGCACUUUUCGCCGAUAACUCUUGCAGAUGGCUUGUCGCUGAUCAAGGUACAAUGGCCACAGGAGCAGUUAACGUCGUUAGGGGAUCCAGAUCUUCUGUUGAAGAGUUAUUACAGAUUUAUAAUCAUUCCGAAAGUGUGGCCUUGGUUGUGGAUAAUCCCGAGUUUUUCAAUCGCAUUUCCGAGACGUUUUCUUCGAGGGCAAAUCUCAGAUUCGUAAUCCUUCUGUGGGGUGAGAAAUCGUCGUUGUUUAUGGAGGGGACGAGGUCUCCUGUAUACAGCUACACGGAAAUUAUGGAUUUUGGAUGGGAAAGAUUGAGGAACUCGUUUGGAUCUGGGAAGUAUGAAUACGAAUACAUCAACCCCGAUGAUACGGCUUCGAUUAUGUACACCAGCGGAACCACGGGAAACCCGAAAGGAGUUAUGCUUACACAUAGAAAUCUCUUACACCAGAUAAGUAGCCUUCACGCAAGUGUACCCACUGAAGCCGGGGAUAGAUUUCUAAGUAUGCUGCCCUCGUGGCAUGCUUAUGAACGCGCUUGUGAAUACUUCAUAUUCACACAUGGAGUCGAGCAAAUGUACACUUCUAUACGAUACUUAAAGGAUGAUCUGAAGCAGUACCGACCACACUACCUUAUUUCCGUUCCUUUAGUAUACGAGACACUUUACAGCGGGAUUCAGAAGCAGAUUUCCGCAAGUUCAGCUCCUCGUAAGUUUCUGGCAUUUACACUGAUCAGGAUCAGCCUUGCGUAUAUGGAGACGAAAAGAAUUUACGAGGGUUUUUGUCUGUCAAAAAACCAAAAGCCUCCACCCUAUCUCGUAUCUCUCGUGGACUGGCUAUCGGCAAGAGCAGCUGCUGCCAUAUUAUGGCCGCUCCAUAUGUUGGCCAAAAGGCUCGUCUACGAAAAAAUCCUUUCUUCUAUCGGUAUACUGAAGGCUGGUAUUAGCGGAGGUAGUAGUUUACCGAUGCAUAUCGAUAAGUUCUUCGAGGCCGUCGGUUUGGACGUACAAAACGGGUACGGUUUAACCGAGACAUCCCCGGUUAUCUCGGUACGGAGGCUUAGCUGUAACGUUCUUGGAUCAGUUGGGCAUCCGAUUCGAGACACAGAACUCAAAGUAAUGGACUUUGAGACAAAUAAUGUUCUCCCCCCUGGUCUGAAGGGCAUUGUUAAAGUUAGAGGUCCCCAAGUUAUGAAAGGCUACUACAAGAAUCCAUUGGCCACAAGGCAAGUUUUAGAUGAAGAUGGAUGGUUCAAUACAGGAGAUAUGGGUUGGAUUGCUCCUCAUCACCCGACAGGACGGAGCCGUAGCGUUGGAGGUUCCAUUGUUCUCGAAGGCCGAGCCAAGGACACGAUCGUACUUUCCACUGGUGAAAAUGUGGAACCUUUAGAGAUCGAAGAAGCUGCCAUGAGAAGCAGUUUGAUUCAACAAAUCUUGGUUAUCGGUCAGGAUCAACGCCGUAUUGGGGCUAUUAUAGUCCCGAACAAAGAAGAAGCAGAUAUAGCAGCGGAAAAUAACGAUUCACCCGGAGAUUCUCGAGCGUCCGAGCUUAGCAAGGAGAAGCUAACGAGCAUGGUCUACAAAGAACUGCGAAAAUGGACAUCAGAAUGCUCCUUCCAGGUCGGGCCAGUUCUCGUCGUGGACGAACCCUUCACGGUAGACAACGGUUUGAUGACACCGACGAUGAAGAUCAGACGGGACAAGGUUGUUGACAAGUACAAGGAUGAGAUAGCUAAUCUCUACAAGUAAAGAAAUGGCUUUGGUUCCAAUGCAAUUUUUUUUUUCUUUUUUAUGGAAAUGUGAAUUUUCUAUUUCUCAAAAGAUAAAUUCACCAGAGAUCUCGACCAAGUCGAGAAGUAACUGUAACAAAAGGAACCAUAGAUUGAAAAAGAGGGUUUAGCGUGCAAAUAGCAAAUAAUGCAAGCAAUUUAUAUU